AUGGAUAUGCUUAACCAGAAGAAGAAGAAGAUAAACACAGGCCGCAAGAAGAUUGAGAUCAAGAAGCUCGACAAGGCUAGCAACAAGCAAGUCACGUUCUCAAAAAGAAGAACGGGACUGUUCAAGAAAGCCAGCGAACUCUGCAUUUUGUGCAAUGUUUAUGCAGCCAUAAUCGUCUUUUCUCCUGCUGACAAAUUGUUCAUCUUUUCUCACCCCGACAUCGACACAAUACUUACCCGCUAUGUCAAAGGAACAGCAGAGUCUGAACCAACAAAGUCGAGAGGGAAAACGGUGUCGUAUGAAGAGCAUAACAUGCAAUAUGAAGAGGCAAAGAAGAAGCUGGAGAUGGAAAAGAAGAUUCUGGAAGAAACUGAAAUGUUGGCUAAGACUUGUAAUGGAAAUCUUUGGUGGAACCAGCCCGUUGAUCAGAUACUUGAUGACCAGUUGGAACCGUUCAUGGUGGCCGUUUAUGAGUUGAGAAAAAAAUUAGCAGAAAGGGCUACUCAAUUGAUGAUGUUUGGGAUGCAAUAGUAUAUUUUCAUUUUCAUCAACAGGUUUCAUUUUCAU